AAAGCUCGUACAGUGGAGAGAGUGAGUGCGCCGGCGCGCGCCUGUGUGUGUGUACACCGCGUAGAAGCGCGAGCCACGCUGCCACCAGAGGGGUUCCCCUUUCCAACAGUGCGCGCGGAGCGGACAGAGGCUGACAGAGGCGUUUUUUUCGUGUUUAAAGUCGGAUAACAAACAACGAGGAAGUACCAGAGAGGCUCGGCUCAGCGCCUCGACUCAAACUGCGGUUCCGAAAGUGAAAUGAACAGAUUUGAAGGUUAAAGUCACUCGGCUUCUCGUCGUGCGCUCUCGCGACGGAUUUCUCUGUCUCCAAUGCCCAAAGAGUGCAGGAGAAAGAGCUCCAAGGACUUCGGGCUGUCGGGGACUGCACUCACCGAGGGGUCGCGUUUGGAGCGCAGAACAGCCGCGAAGUCAUCCCAGAUUUGCGAUGAUCUCAUUCAGAAAGCCGCUCAAAUCUCCCCGUCGUCCGCUGCAGGAGCGCCGGCUGUGAUGGAUGCGCGCCGGGUGCCGCAGGUCACCAUCACCCCGGAGGGAGGCGGCUCCUCCCGGGAGAUGCAGCAAGAGGACUGGGAUGAUGUGGUGGACGGUCCCCUGCGCAGGAAACUGUCCAACUCCUCCAUCUCCUCCACGGGGUCCUCUGUUGUGGAGUCCGAGGAUGACUUACUCAGUGACAACGAGAGCAAGAGCAAAGGCAUUAUCACUCUGGAGCAUCUGGUGGACACUGGAGAGAGCAAGCCGUGGUGGAAGUUAAAGACAAUCGUACAGUGGCCCUUCAGUGCUAGCCACAGGAGAAAACUGAACUGGGUUCAGCUAGCCGGACAUAAAGGAAACUUCAAAGCAGCCGAUGAGGGCAACAUCCUGAAAAAGUUCUCGGAAAAUGAGAUGCAGUGUUUCGAGAAGCUGAGGGAUGACGCGCUGCUCCCGUUUGUGCCCGGUUACCACGGCGUUGUGGAGAAAGACGGAGAGUCUUUCCUCCAUAUGACUGAUCUGCUGGCAAACUUUGAUCUUCCCAACGUCAUGGACUGCAAGAUGGGAGUCAGGACGUACUUGGAGGAGGAGCUUGUCCGGGCUCGGGAACGGCCCAAGCCGAGGGAGGACCUGUACAAGAAGAUGGUGGAGGUGGACAGUGAAGGGCCGACUACCCAGGAGCAUUCCCAACGAGGCGUCACCAAACCUCGCUACAUGCAGUGGAGGGAGACCAUGAGCUCCACCAACACUCUGGGCUUCAGGAUAGAAGGGAUCAAGAAAUGUGACGGUACGUGUCGAACAGAUUUCAAGAAAACCAGAUCGAAGCAGGAUGUCAUCCAGGUGUUUAAGGACUUUGUUGGAGGGAACGUCAGCAUCAUAAAGUCUUACCUGAGCAGACUGACGGAGAUCCAGCAGGCCCUGAAGAUGUCAGAGUUCUUCAAGCAACACGAGGUCAUUGGCAGCUCUCUCCUCUUUAUCCAUGACCACACGGGCAAUGCCCAGGUCUGGAUUAUUGACUUUGGCAAGACCACAGCAUUACCAGAGGGGCAGACAUUGAACCAUGACAUUCCCUGGCAGGAAGGCAACCGGGAGGACGGCUACCUGUGGGGGCUGGAAAACCUCAUCCACACACUGGAGUCUGUAAGCAGUGAGGGGAGGAGCGAAGAAACCUUUUGCUCAGUUACCAAAGAAAAAAGCCAAACUACAGAAAGAGAUGGUCAGUGAUCGCUGACUUGUAGAUGGGUGAAAGGAACUCAAACUAUUUUAAUGGACAUUACAGAGAGACUCUUAGGGAGGCUUCUUAUAGGUUGUAUGGGCAAUGUUAAAAAGAGUACAGAAAUGCUACAAGAAGUACCAUUUAGCUUAAAGUCACUGACAGAAAAGACAUGAUAGACACUGAACAGAGAGGAGUUGUCACUAGUUACUGAACUAUUGAGCAAAUGAACUGACACUAAUUCAACUUCCUACAAAAUGAACAGAAGUGAAAGUGUAGGGAUUCUGCAUUUAAGUUUCAGGGAUGGUAUGUUACAUGUGAAUGAACACAGGGAGAAAGCGAAUCACAAAUCACAAACCCUGUCCUGCUUAUUUCCACUGAACCCUCAGCCUAAUGUUACGCCUGUAAGUGUAAUAUUAAAGGAGAGAUUCUGUGCAGUGUGAAGUUCUGACUGGGUCUCAGAUCUUAUAGUCGUAUGUCUACAACACAUAACACAUUGUCAAUAUAGUACUGCAUACUGUAUAAUGGUUAGAGUGUAUUAUCUGUCACUGUUCUGACAAACGUUUAAUUGUAUAUCAAUUUAUUUUUAUUUCACUGAUUUUAUUCCUGUAAUCAAACUUUAAUUUAAACUUAUACAUUCAAAUUUA